UUUUAUUUAUUUGGCCCAGUGAAUUUUUCAAGAUGGCGUUUUACCACACGAUGUGUUUCGUGUUUACUGUGCUCAUCAUCUGCAACCUCGUUUUGUACCCCUCAAUUUUCAGCAGCGUUUUCAGAAAAUGGUUUGGAUCAUCGGAGCCGGUAGAAGGAGAAAAAGAGAAAACACCAGAAAUGCCGCCACAAAUGAGGAACGGUCCUAGGACCCAAGGAGCAACAAGACGCAUGGAGAUGGAGCGAGCUGCCCAGCGUAACAUGAAACAUGCGGAUCCAGCUUCUUACUUUGCGCAGCAGAAGCAGGAAGCGUCCAGCAAGGGUCGCGGGCUGCUGGGGUCAGUACUUCCUGUGUACGCUGUGGGCAUUGUCAUCUACUUCGCGUACAUCAUGUACAGGAUAUUCCUGAAAGACAAAUCCAAGAGCAACGGGAACGGUUCAGGCGCCAGCCUGUGGGACUCCAACCAGGACGGCGCCUCGCUGCAGCGCGUGCAGCAGGAGCAGCUGCAGAAACAGCUGUCGGAGCAGCUACGGGCCGAGAACUACACCGGCAUCACGGCCAAGAAAGCUGGCAAGGCCAGCAAGGCUAAGAAACAACCGGUCAGGAAAGAUCUACCUGUAGAUACAUCAGGGGGAACUCCAGACGAAGUGGCGGCCCUCAAGAAACGAUUGGAGGACACCGAGCGCUCCAUGCAACGCAUGAUGGAAAUGAUGAACAGCAUGGGCAUUGCCAUGAGCCAGGUCACCGAGCAGCUCACAGGUUCAGUGCCGACAGAUCUGGCCGACUCUCUCAACCGUCCCAUCCAGCAUGCUGAAGAGGAGGCUAGCGAUGAAGGCGAGGGGGACUUGGACUCCAACCUCGAUUCCGAAGAUGACGACGGCGAUGUGUCGGGACAGGAGGAACCCAGGCUGGUGAAGAAGACUAGGCAGGAUGACGAUGAGGACUGUACCACUGAUGAGGAGGGGGGUGAUGUGGAGGUCAUUGGAGAGGCCAGUAUGGAGCAUUCCGACACCGUGCGUAGAAGACUAGUGCCAGCCGUUGGGGGAGAGAGCUAAUACGCUUGAACUUUUGUGGUUUGGUUUGGUUUUGUUAUUUGCUUCAGCUUUAAAUAAUGAAUUUUAGGAUGUGACUUGGGGCCGAUUUAUACGUCGGCGAAGGGCAAUUCCUAAUUUGAUGUAUAUACAGGAGCUGAUGUGAGGAGAUUGAUAUUUAAGAUGUGGAAUUGUGGCAUUGCUUUUAAUUUUGAAGAAUUUGACCUUGGUCAUGUUGGUGCACUUUGCGUUUCUCAGAUAGUCGGCAAAGGUAACAUGACAUGUGGUGGAUGAUAUGAUUGGAGUAAAACAACAAACAAACAAACAAGGAUGACGCGGUUAGAGUCACAGACAUAUAAACGCAUAGACCGCCAGGUCCUAUUCAAAACUUCAUGAGGAUUUUGCGAUCUUCGCAGCGCCCGACUAAAAUCAAAAUAUGACAUGGUUAAAGUCA